AUGAGCGAAGUCGCCCCUACCCAGACCAGCGCCCCUGCGCCCGAACCCGCCGCCGCUCCUGCUGCUGCCGCUCCGGCCGGAACCACCACCGCCGCCGCUCCGGCUGCGGACAACCGCGACUACCUGGACAAGGCCGUCGACGCCGCCGAGAAGAAACUCGGCCAGUCCACCGGCCACAACGUCGACCCGGCCAAAUACCGCUCCCAGAACGAGAAGAUCACCGACAAGCUCCGCGCCCUGUUCGAGAAAUUCACCGGCAAGAAGCUGCCCUCCAAGGUCUCCAACUAG